AUGGAUGCAUUUGGUGGAUGUAAUAUGAUUUUUGCUGGUGACUUCGCACAAUUGAGACCUCCUGGGACAGGACGACCGUUAUAUGCCGGUAAAAGUCGAAAGACUUCUGGUAGUGUAAAAUAUAACACCGGUCGAGAAAAUACACGUAUAGGACAAGCAUUAUGGUACAUGGUCACUGACGUUGUUAUUUUGCGCAAAAAUAUGCGGCAGACAGGAAUGAGUGAAUUAGAUAAUCAAUAUCGAACUGCUCUGGAAAAUUUGAGAUAUAAGGCUUGUACAUCUGAUGAUAUCAAUUUGAUCAAAUCUUGUAUUGUUGGAUAUACAAAACAUAGUCCUGUUUUAACGGAUCAAAAAUGGCGCAAUGUACCUAUUAUCACUGCUAGAAAUGCUCAUCGUGAUAAAAUUAAUGAAUUAGGAGCAAUUAGAUAUGCACAGGAUCAUAAACAAACUCUUAUUCACUUCAAGUCUCAAGAUCAAUUUACUUCUUCUAAAAGGGCAAAAAACUCUCUACAAGAAGAAUUGAAAUACGAUAGAUUUUUGAUAGAUCCUAAACGGUUAAGUAAUAUAUUACAUCCAACUAUACAAGAUGUAGUAUGGAAACUUCCACCUUGCUGUACAUCACAUCAUGCUGGUAUCCUAAGUCUGUGUAUUGGAAUGCCUGUGAUGCUGAAAUAUAAUGAGGCUACAGAGUUAUGUGCCACAAACGGUGCAGAGGCAGUUGUUGUAGGUUGGCAGGAAAAUAGCAGUGAUGCAGUUUAUCCAUCUCUUGAUACAUUAUUUGUAGAGCUUAAAAAUCCGCCUCGAUCACAGCAGUUACCACAUCUGCCGCAAAAUAUUAUUCCUAUUGUAUCUACAACUAAACAGAUUACUUGUGAAGUUUUCACUCAACUUCAAGUUUUAUUGAAUUUUGCUAUGACAGAUUUCUGUUCCCAAGGUAGAACACGACCGAUAAAUCCUGUUGAUCUAACAUAUUGUAGUGGAUUCCAGUCUGUAUAUACAUGCUUAUCACGCAGUACAUGUUAUGAUGGCACAUUGAUAUUGCGUAAUUUUAAUGAUGCCCUGCUUACAGGUGGUAGCCCUGUAUUCAUGGUAACACACGGCAUGAAUUGA